UGGUUCAAACAAAAAUACCACAAUGCCAAUCCUGCCAUACUCAUCACCAUGCUCAUUGUUUUAAUCUUGAAUGUUUUCAGACAUGUUACUCGUCCAUGGUGCAAUGCAGUCCUUGACCUUUUGAAUCUCCUUCUUGAGACUACCCUUGAAGAGUCAACCUGUCCCACCAUCCCCUCCAACAUUCAUACCAUCCAUAAAAUCUUUGACUUGGACCUGAUUACUUGA